UAACUCCUCCCAAUCGCCGCCGCCGCCGCCGCCGCUCGUUCUUCCCCCUCCUCCUUAUGCCUGAAGGGCGGGGCGGCAGGAGCCGGUAACUGUCGCGCAUGGGCGUUGGGCUUUUUCAGCGCGGGGUGACGGAGCCUUGCUGUGGCUGCCGCGCCAUUCUCCUCUGUCCCCAUCCCCUAGGAUUAGAGCGGGCGCGCCCCCCUCCUCCCCUUUGGCUGCUGCAGCCCCUGCGUUGUGUGACUGGGAAGCUCCUGAGUGCGAGGCAUGAAGCUGAGCAAAGCCCAGUAUGAUGAAAUAGCCCAGUUCCUGGGGCACGUGCAGCCCACCAGACAGAGCCUGAGGAAGCUGAAGGAGAGAUUCCCUAGUCAAUCGCAGUCCACUCUGCUGAGCAUCUUCUCCCAGGAGUACCAGAAACAAAUCAAAAGAACACAUGCAAAGCAUCACACUGCUGAGGCUAUUAAAACUUACUACCAAAGGUACCUGAAUGGGGUGAUGAAAAAUGCAGCUGCCCCUGUGCUACUGGAGCUAGCCAAUGAGGUGGACUUUGCACCAUCAUUGAUGGCUCGAAUUGUGCUAGAAAGAUUUCUACAAGAGCAAGAGGGAACUAUCCCUUCCAAGACUCUUAUAAAUAGUAUGCUGCGGGACUCUUCUCAGAUUCCAGAUGGAGUUCUAGCAAAUCAGGUCUAUCAGUGUACUGUGAAUGACUGUUGUUAUGGACCACUGGUGGACUGCAUCAAACAUGCUAUUGGGCAUGAGCAUGAAGUCCUGCUGCGAGAAAUGCUGCUGGAGAAAAAUCUUUCUUUCUUAGCUGAAGAACAGCUUCGUGCAAAGGGUUAUGACAAAACACCAGAUUUUAUUUUAGAAGUGCCGGUUGCUGUUGAAGGACAUAUAAUUCACUGGAUUGAAAGCAAAGCUUCAUUUGGUGAUGAAUGUAGUCACCAGGCCUAUCUGCAUGACCAAUUCUGGAGCUACUGGAAUAGAUUUGGUCCUGGAUUAGUCAUCUAUUGGUAUGGAUUUAUUGAGGAGUUGGACUGCCAUCGUGAACGUGGUAUCCUGCUAAAAGACUGCUUUCCUACUGAUAUUGUAACUCUGCGACACAGCAUGGCUCAACACUGAUGUUGGAAGAGAAAUUGGGAGGAAAAGGUGAAUCCGGAAGCAAUUUUACUUUCCUGCAGUGUAAACUACUGGCAACAUCUGCCCUGAACUUCAGCUGAACUCCUGCUGCCUGUGAUCACACUACUACCUCUUUAGACAAACAUAUCAAGAGUUUCUGUUUUGCCUCAGACCUCUGCAGUUGUGAGCGGCCAAAAACUACAGACACAACCCACUCAUUAUCAGCAGUUCUGUCUCUGUCAAACAGUUAGUUUAUAGAUAGUCAUAAUCUUUCUUCCUUCCGGAUGGCUUCUCUUUAAAUACUGAACAAAAGAAAAAAUGUGGAGGCUGAAAGGUGUGACUUUCAAUUCUCCUCCCUGUGUUGUGGAGUCAUCUUGAAGAAAGUGCUUUCUGUUAUCUCUCACAUAACUGUGUUAAAUAUUAAAGAUCUAGCUCAAACACACACACAAGCCAGGAAAUUUGGUUAAGGCUGAAACUCCCCACUGAACACUCACAUUGUGCCUACUUAGUGCAAUUCAUAUAGUAAAAGAAGAUCACAUCAUCGUUAAUGCCUUGUUUGCAUUCUGAAUUUCCUGGCUUUUGUAGCGUUAAACCAGACAGCUACUAUUAUUCAAAUAUAAUGAUUGGUGUAUGAAUUUCCUCAUUUUUAUGUUUGCUUAAAAACAAAAGAAUGUGACAUUCAAACUUUUAAGAAUAUUUUUCCUAAAAAAGUCAGCAUUUAUCUUGUGUGUAUAUAUAUUUGGGAAAUUUUGUAGUGCAUAUUAAUGUGUACUUUUUAAAGUAUUGAAAAUAAUUGAUAAAGCACGUUGUUCUCUUUCAGCAGUUUUGGCAUAUCCUAGAAAUUUUUACUGAUGGAUCUUUUUCUUGGUUGACUUUAAGCAAAUAAUUUGUGUAGAUCUCUGUAGGCCUCAUGAUGUGCAGUUUUCAGGCACAUGAAAUCCAAAAGGACCAUAUAUGAAACUUUGUACCUGGUUGAUGUAUUCUGAGAGUAUCAGCCUGGUGUGCAAGGAGAGAAUCAAAAGGCAAACACUGCUUCCUACUGGAUUGGUUGGAUGGGGAAUGCAUCUAAAUAAGCACACCAUCUCCUGAGUGCUAUUGUUGUCUAUUCUCUUCUUCCUGAUGGAACUGCUAAGGCUGGAAGUAUCUAGAGAUGGUGGUGGGCUUCCACCAUUAGUGUGAGGGCUCCUUUCUCAUCUUCUUUCUACACUCAUCACCCCAGGAAAGAGGGGCAGUGUUCAGCCUAACUUCUGCUCUUACAGCUAAGAGAUGGUCAGACAAGACAUAUCUCUUUGGGCUGGUAGCAUUUGCUAACACUCAGCCAAGGAAAAAUAAAAUUUUGAGGAAGCUGAUAGAAACACCACAAAUGCUCAACAUCUCUUCUCUAACCAAUCAUAAGAGCCACAUAAAAGCUGUAGACUUCAUCUUGGGAAGGGGACUUGAUAAGAAGAGUCAUAAAAACUACCACUCCCAAAGGGAAAUUCCUCUCAGAAUAGGAUGUUGAGUUGCAUACUCAGCUUCUCUUGAGUAACAGAAGAUCUCAGAACCUCAACAGAGAAGCUGUUUAGGAUCCUUAAUAUUUUGAAACUGUGCACAAAUUUUCAAUCCAAAUUAAGAGAUGCAAAGAAAGCAUAUGAACCCACUUUUUAAACUUUAAAACAACCACACAGCUUAUUUUAGAAGAAACUUUCAAAUCUCACUUUUAUACUGAACUUUGUGCCAAGUUUUAGCCUGGAUUUUAUUUAUACGACCAAUUUAGAAAUCUCCUUUUUUUUCCUCUCUAUAGGAAAAAAUAGGUUUAAUAAUAUUGAUACAUCCUUUGCUGUACAGUAACUCCUCGCUUAACAUUGUAGUUAUGUUCCUGAAAAAUGCAACUUUAAGCAAAACGAUGUUAAGCUAAUCCAAUUUCCCCAUAAGAAUUAAUGUAAAU